AAGAAUAUCGUACUAUUUGGAGCGAGUGGAGUAGGCAAAAGCUCAGUCGUGAACCUCAUGGCGGGAGAGAAGGUAGCGGCCACAUCCGCUAGUAUGGACCGCUGUACGAUGCGCUGGAAAGAAUACACCAUCGGAUUCGGUGGCGAAUCAUACAAGGUUUUUGAUACCGUUGGACUCGAGGAACCGCAGCUUGGAAUGGAAGAGUACCUUGACUCCGUCGAAAACGCCUAUGCACUGAUCAAGGAAUUGGACAAGCAAGGCGGUAUCGAUCUGCUUCUGUUCUGCAUUCGCGCCGGAAGAAUGACCGCCACUCUUCAGAGCAAUUACCGGCUCUUUCACGAAUUUCUCUGCGAGAAGAAGGUUCCAAUUGUCCUUGUAAUCACAAACCUCGAAAGAGAGCAGAGGAUGGAGGACUGGUGGGAUCAAGAACAUGAAAACCUCCGAAAACAUGAGAUCCAUGUCGCUGGUCACGCGUGCAUCACUGCCGCUGAUAGACUGCCAGCUGGCACACAGACAGACCGCUAUGAAGAAUCGCGCCUCAAAAUCCGUGGGCUCGUUCAGCAGUUUACUGCUGACGGGCAUCGCCAAGCAUGGAUAGGAGGGGAUAACCUGUUCGUCUCGUUGAUGCGCAAGCUCAGGGAGUUACUUGUAGGAAGUCCACGUGUGAGCAGAAGGGAUCUUGUUCCUCAUCUCACGAAGCGUUGCGGGAUAUCCAAGGAGGUCGCAAAAAAGUUGGCUGAUAUGAUCAAGUAA